AUCGACUUGGCUUUCGACGAGCGCGAUGCCAAAUUGACGUCAAGCAAUAUGGCAUCUGCUUCGCUGUCAUUAACAUCCCCCACUGGUAAAUCACCAUGUCCCCGUCGCGCCCAUCAUCUUCACAUCCCGGGUCAACACACUCGUCGGUAUCUGGAUCCUCCUCCACCGAAAACAUGACUUCCCGCGCCAGACCCAUCAAACGGCGCCCACGGCCUGCGGAGAGAGAAGACUACAACCCCACAUAUCUGCCGUGGAAGAAGCGCUUAGACCAUUUCACCUGGUCAUGGUUUGAAUGCACCAUGUCAACCGGCGCCAUCGCGACACUUCUUGGCCAACAACCAUACAGCUUCCACGGACUGAAGACCAUUGGAAAGAUUUUCUUCAUAUUGGACAUUGUCCUGUUCCUCGCGUUCAGCGCCUGCAUCACAUACCGCUUCAUUCACAACCGCGGUUCUCUCAAGCUCAGUCUGCAUCAUCCUCACGAAAGCUUCUUCUUCGGAGCCUUCUUUGUCUCUAUUGCGCUCAUCAUCUAUUGUAUUGAACUUUACGGCGUACCAUCCAGUGGACCAUGGCUUGUCAAGACAUUGGAGAUACUGUUCUGGCUGUACGCAGCAAUCGUCAUCCUGGUCGCUGUCUUCCAGUACCAUGUCAUAUUCGACCGACGUGAGCUUCCCGUUAAGGAUGCGAUGCCCGCUUGGAUUCUGCCGGUAUACCCAUUCCUUGUCUUGGGAGUCUUAGGCAGCACACUACUGAAGAGUCAGCCACCUGGCCCUGGUUUCAACAUCUUUAUUGGCAGCGUCACUUUCCAGGGCCUAGGCUGGACCAUCGCAUUCCUGAUGCUUUCGCUCUACUUCACACGUCUGGUCAACAGCAACUUACCUGAAAUACCCAAACGCCCUGGCAUGUACGUUGCUGUUGGCCCAGCUGCAUAUACCGCCAAUGCUUGCAUCGCGCUUGGCUUGCAGGCACCAAAACAUGUCCCUGAGAAUCUGUUGGGAAUUACUUCCUUCCCUGUUGGCGAUGCUUUCAAAGCUUUCGGGUUCAUCAUGGGCGUCUUCCUGUGGCUGAUCUCCUUCUGGUUCAGCGCCAUCGCUACCAUCAGCAUUGUCAUCAGCGCCAAGGAAUCGCACUUCACGCUGAAUCAUUGGGGCUUCAUUUUCCCGAAUGCCGGGAUGACGAUCGCGCUUAUUUAUAUCGCCAACGCGCUGAACAGCCCAGGGAUCAAGGGAGUGUGUAGUGCAGCAACUAUCAUCUUGGUCAUGCUAUGGAUCUGGGUGGCUGUGCUUAAUGUCAAAGGCGUACUGCAGAGGAAAGUGUUAUGGCCAGGUAUGGAUGAAGACAUGGAAGAUAUUGAAGGUCACGGUCACAAGCCGGGCUCGGACCAAGAAGACGGUGACGGGGAAGUAUAGGAAGCUGUACCUGUCAAAGUAUGAUGAAGUCUAUUGAAAGAAAUGUAUAGUAAUGUUAUUAAUGGAAUUGUUGAC